AUGAAAAUGGCUGUCUUGAUACCAGACGGUUUUCAGUGCCAUACCUUUGCCAAGGAAUCAGAACGAAUUGAACCAGUAAUUGAUUACCCUGAUCGCUUUCAGCAGUUCAGUGCAUCACUUUCCCUAUAUUUCUUUACGCUUUACUCUCUCUCUCCCUCUCUCUCUCUCUCUCUCCCUCAGUCUUCCCCCAUCUCUCUCUCUCUCUCUCCCUCAGUCUUCCCCUAUCUCUCUCUCUCUCUCUCUCUCUCUCUCUUUCCAUCUACUUCUCCCUCGGACUCUCUCUCACUCUUUUUUCACAUCUGUUUUUUUUUCUUUUUUUCUCUCUUUUUCUCACUCUCACUCACAAUCGUCUGCUGUCUCUCUCUUUCUCCCAACUCUUUUUUAACCACCCUCAGUCUUCCCCCAUAUCUCUCUCUCUCUCUUUCUCUCUCUCUCUCUCCAUCUACUUCUCCCUCGGACUCUCUCUCACUCUUUUUUCACAUCUGUUUUUUUCUCUCUUUUUUCUUUUUUUCUCUCUUUUUCUCACUCUCACUCACAAUCGUCUGCUGUCUCUCUCUUUCCCCCAACUCUCUUUUACCCACCCUCAGUCUUCCCCCAUCUCUCUCUCUCUCUCUCUCUCUCUCUCUCUCUCUCUCUCGUGCAGAACUUACAAAUACAUCUCAAUAUAUCUCUAUAUAUCUCCACCUGCAGCAUAUUCAGAAGUAA